GUGCUUUCGGCAAACCCAAUCAAGCCUCGAUGUGAAAUGUCUGAUUUUUGUUGUUGUUUUUUAUCCAAGCUUCCGUGUCGAGCCGAGCGUAACAUCACUAAGAAAUGGUUCUGGACUAUUUUCCCGAAAACGUUUUAAUCGAUAUUUUAUCUUAUUUAAAUGUGCGCGAGCUCGUGCAGAACUCCAGGGUCUGCAGGCGCUGGAAGCAGCUGGUGAAGGAUCAGAGACUCUGGAGAGCUGUGGAUCUCUCCACAUGGAAAGGGCUGACGUCUCGAGUGCUGUGGGUUUUGCUGCGUCAGUAUCUGGGUCACGGUCUGCGAUGUCUGCGCCUGCGUGGGCUUCUGCUGUCUGUGCGCCGGGGAGCCUUCCUCACCGAGUCCUGGCUGCAGGCGUUGCGCUCCAAGUGCCCUCGUCUGCGCAGACUGUGCCUGCAGUUCACAGACCUGCGCGGUUUACGCAGCUGCGGCCUGCUGCCCUCGUCCCUGCAGGUGCUGGAGCUGCGUUCUUGUGAAGUCUCACCCGGAUUCUUCUCGCAGGACCCAGAGACGGACGGGAAGGCGGCUGCAUCAGCCGUCGCAAUAGAAACGCUGGUCCUGGACAGUGUGCCGUCAUUCUCGGACCAGCACCUGUGCAGUCUGUGCACGUGGCAGCAGCUGAGCCGUCUGGAGCUGCGGGACCUGAGCCGUGUGAGCGCAGGCGGCCUGAUGAGGUGCGUUCCCCCCGGCGCGCAGACGCUCGCCCGCCUCACACACCUGGAGCUGGACACCUGGAGGCUAGCGCAGAUGGUGGCGCUGGGUCUGGGCAAGGGCUGGCCGGGGCUGGCGACACUCAGUUUGGGUGGGAACGAGGUCAAUCCGGGUCUGCUGUCUGUCAGCCGCCUGCAGGACCUGCGCUGGCUGCGUCUGCGUGCAUGCAGACUGAACCAGGAGACGGUGCUCAGAUGCUGCAGGUCUCUGAAGCAGCUGCGUAGGCUGGAGUUCGUGGAGGUGGAGUUCGUGGAGGACGAGGAGAAUGUGAGACCAGAUGCAGCGCAGGGCAGAGAAGAGGAUCCGGUGCCGGAGCUCAGACGCACCUUACGCUCGCUGCUGCCCGACUGCUGCGUGUGUUUCAGCAGCUGCAGACUCACCGUCAACAGAGACUGACAGGAACAGACCGAACCA